UUUUUUUCAGUUACAGCAAAAAUCAGGAUUUUAAAAGAUUAUCAUUUAAGAAUAAUAAACUCAGUUUACCCUAUACCGAGCGGCUUUGACAUUGCUAACAAUCUUAGAUAUUUUUCUCAAACACUUAUUGGAGUGCUGAAAGAUGUGCCGUUGAGUACAAAACAUUUAUUCAUAAGGCGUAAAACAAAUAGAGAAUGCUUACAAGUGUUUCCUGAUCUUGAUUAUAUGCAUUUGUAUGAAACUGUUGAAUGCAUUAUUAACGAUGUGUCAGUUAUACUCACAGGUCAACAUGCUCUUGGUGAAUCUUUGCUGUGUGUUCUUGGAUGUCUAGCCCCAUUCUUAUCGUCAUCUAUUUUGGAUACCCUACCGAAUUUAGUUGCUUCAACUCUAACUACAUUUCCCUCCAGUCUGCAUAGAGAUAUUUUAAUGCUGUUAUGCAAUAAUUUGUUGCCUGUUACUAUAAGUAAUUUGAUGGGCCAAAAUUGCACUUAUGCUACUGACUCAGUUCCAUCGGUACUUAUGAUAGUUUUUCAAUUUUCUCAUUCUAAAGAAUAUCACUCAAUGAUUGUAGAAUGUCUUAUGGCUUUAAAAAAGGAUGUUUACAAAGAUCUGUUAUAUGUCAUUGCGUAUGGCGCAAGCCAAUCUCGAGAAGUAGCAAGUCAUUUGUUGUUUUAUUAUUGGCCACAAUUAAAUCCAAUGUGCUUUGAUUUUUCUGGAAUACACGGCACAUAUCAUGGUAGCUUUUUAAAAUAUUUUUCGUUUUUUCAUUGUUUGGGUCUAUUAAAGUUUUGUGAAAUAGGUUUAUGA